UUGCCCUCUUCCUGCUCUUUCUUCCUUUCACUGAGAGAGAGAGAGAGACAGAGAGAGCGACAGAGAGGGAGAGAGAUGGCUCAGGCUGAGUCUUUAGGUCUCCAUUUAUUAUUUAUCUUCUUUCCUGGCCUGUAAUGAACCAAGAUCUGAACCUCAUCUUAUUCUUGAAGAAGAUGGCUAAACAUUAUCCUCACUCAACUGCACUGCAAGAACCUCAAUAUCAACCAGCACCUGCAUUUCUCAAUGAUGCUCUCUACUGCUCUGAGGAGAAUUGGGAGGAAGAAGUUAGAGAGGGCUAUUUUCAUCAAGAAGAAGAACAAGGGGACAGCUAUUGCUGUAAUGAUAAUAAGAAACAAGACUGUUCUGCAGUCCUGUUAGAACAAGACUUGUACUGGGAAGACGAGGAGCUUUCCUCUUUGUUUGCCAAACAAGAGCAAAAUCAAUUAUAUGAUCAACUAGAAACCAACCCAUAUCUGGCUGAGGCUCGCCGUGAGGCUGUAAACUGGAUGCUCAAGGUCAAUGCGCACUACUCUUUCACUGCUCUAACUGCAGUUUUGGCCGUCAACUAUCUUGAUAGAUUCCUGUUUAGCUUCCACCUUCAAACAAAGAAGCUAUGGAUGACCCAACUUGCCGCCGUGGCUUGUCUCUCCCUUGCUGCCAAGGUAGAGGAGACCCAGGUGCCUCUCUUAUUGGACCUUCAGGUGGAGGACAUUAGGUAUGUGUUUGAGGCCAAAACCAUCCAGAGAAUGGAGAUUCUGGUGCUCUCUACUCUUCAGUGGAGAAUGAAUCCUAUAACUUCAUUAUCAUUUGUUGAUUUCGUUGCGAGGAGGCUUGGGUUAAAGGGCUAUCUUUGCUCGGAAUUUCUCUGGAGAUGUGAGAGAAUAGUUGUGUCUAUAAUCUCAGAUUCUAGGUCUAUGCAUUAUCUACCUUCUGUGAUUGCUACUGCGGCAAUGCUGCAUGUAAUUAAUGGUGUAGAACCCUUUCUUGGAGCUGAAUACGAAAGCCAGCUAUUGGGUAUUCUAGGAAUCGACAAGGACAAGGUGGAUGAUUGCAGCCAGCUCAUAAUAGAAAUGGCAUCGAGAGACCCUGGCAGCCACUCAAACAAACGAAAGUUUAUUUCCAUUCCAGGCAGUCCAAACGGCGUAAUGGAUGUGUCGUUUAGCUCAGAUAGCUCAAAUGAUUCAUGGGCAGUGGCAUCACCAUUGUCUUCUUCACCAGAGCCUCUGUCCAAGAAGAGCAGGGCACUGCAGAGUUCAAACCAUGAAACUACAGAUUUUCUGAGCAUUCCUCGCUGAUUCCUAGUCAGAUUUCCCUUUUUUUUUUUUUACCUUUAAUGGACUACCUUUGUAUGGUUAAUAAUUUUUAUGUUCUUUUGCAUCAUGUGGCAAGUUAAAUUGCCUGCCAUCUCUGCUUCACUCCACUUCCAUCUUCAAUUCCUAGAAUCUGAACCACUCUUUCGAGUAAUGGGAUCAACUUGAAGCAGAGAUAGUUGGCAUUUUAUCCGGAAGUAAAGACGAUAAAAACAAAACUUCUUUA